ACAUCUGCACUGACGUAGCCCGUCAGAUACGAGGCGACUUGAAGGCCUGAAAGAAGAGUCUAAAGCUCUUCCUCCAUUGUAACAAUAUAUAUUGUAACGUUUUAGAUAGGCUAGAAUCUAUUGACACGACCAGUCGCCGCAUUCUUGGGCUGCCGUUUGUUCAGGAAUCGUCAGCUGAGCCUACCACAGGGCGCCAUUCGAGAGGAUAUCAAUAUAGAUCAGCUACAGUUAACUCGGUCUCAGGUAUGGCGGAGCUGCUGCAGCUUCUCCUGAACGUGUCAGAGAAGGCUGCCAACGUGGCCCGUGUGUGUCGCCGGGAGGCCCCGCUCUUCGAGCUGCUGGUCCAGGAGAAGAAAGGAGAUGACAAGAACAAGAAAUUUGUCCAGGACUUCAAGACUUUGGCAGAUGUGGUCAUUCAGGAGAUGAUCAGACAUGAUGUUGGAUCUGUGUUUCCCGAGCUGAUUGACUUCAUCCAAGGGGAGGAAUCGAACAAGUUCGAGAAUGGGCUCGGAGAGAGCGUGACUGUCACAGUGUGUGCCAAAGAGCAGGAGACAGCCGCCCUGCUGGCCACAGUGCUGGACGGGGACCAGACCGCGGCGGCGCUUUUGGCCAAAGCCAUCCACCAGGACCUCCAGCUCAGGGACGAGGCGGCUGAGAGACUGAAGCCUUUCCCAUUGAGCCCGGCAGACGUGGGCAUAUGGAUAGAUCCAAUCGAUGGCACAAGUCAGUACAUAGAGGGAAAGGAGGAGUUGGUUCCGGAGGGAGAUUUCUGCUCUUUUGGACUUCCAUGUGCUUUGGUUCUGAUUGGGGUCUACCUCCGAGCCACAGGGGAACCUGUGAUGGGUGUCAUAAACCAGCCAUUCCAUCAAAGAGAAGAGACAGGGCAUGACUGGAAGGGCCAGCACUUCUGGGGAGUGUCCCACGGAGGCUUCAACGCGUGUUCCGUGCCCAGGCCCGAGCGCCUGACGUCGAGGAGUGAGGACGGGGCGUGUCUCUCAGCCGUGCUGAGUUCCAGCGAAAAGGCGGCGGUCAAGGAAGCCCUCGCUCCCCUGUGCCCUGGGAAGUGCCUGAAGUACGCCUCCGGGGCCGGCUACAAGAUCCUGUGUGUCAUUCUCGGCCUGGCGGAUGUGUACGUUCUCUCAGAGGGCUCCACUUUCAAAUGGGACUCCUGUGCCCCGCAUGCCCUGCUGCUAGCGCUCGGAGGCGGGAUUGUCGAACUUGGGACUCGGCCUCCUGGCGGGAACAAGGGCCAGGUGGAGGUGCAACGUGGUGCUGAACUAACCUAUCACAAGCCCAAUUCUGGUUGCCGUGGUGCGGACCAGUGGGCCAAUCAGGGAGGACUGGUGGCCUAUCUUGAUUCCAAAGUGCUUUCAAGGGUGUUGGGAGAACUCACAGGGAAGAUCUAAGAGCUUUUAUGCAUUGAUGUGAGCAGGAAGGUGCUGAAUUAGGGGCCAUAUUUUAAUUCAGUGCCAGGGGGGGCAUGUUUUAUUUUUGUAAGUUACUCACUUGUGUGUUGUUUCACUCAAGUGCACAGUGCAAUUUUGGUAAUUAUGUUUUUUAAAAGAUAAUCAUUUAUCAAACUAUGCUAUAUUCAUAUGCAACAUAUAGAUUUUUCUGACUUAUAACUGGUUGGUUUGUACUUCCAACUCUAACCACAGAAGUUAAAGUACCUGUCUAGUGUUCACAUUGAAAAGAUGUUGUUUAUUCCAAGUGCAUCAAAUACGUGCAUAAAGAAUGUGUAAUGGAACUAAGGCUUAAUUUCAGAUUAAGUAACCUCAAUUUUGUGUGCGGUUUGUCACUGUUGGUUUUAACUGGUGUUGGAUGCAUCCUUUGUAAUUUGGUUUCAAUCCAUAUGGAUUAUCUGUGCUGUGUCAUUGGAAACACUUUAAACACAGGUCACAAUAGGUCAAUGGAAACCAGGGUGCAUACAGUGAGAGGAAACUCAAACUCUAAAUGUACUGGUUACAUUAAAUAUAUUUUAAAAUACACAAAGCUUAAUGUUGUAAUAAAGGUUUACUACUCUGGUAGUAGCAACA